GCAAAUAAUAACCCAAAGAAGAAACAAAACCAAUGUGUCAGCUUUUAUAAUACAACAUAAAGGCAAAGCUGCAGUCGCUCUUAAGCUUAACCUGAGCUGCACAAUCUGCAACUGGGCUAAACAAAGUAUAAGUGAACAUGUUCGUGAUAAUCACACAGUUGGUUUUGCUGCUUUGUGCCUGGCGCGUUCAAACACAGGAUUUCAUUACGCCGAAGGUGGACAUUCUCACUGAACUAGCAAAAAUAAAAAACCUGGAAGAAAGACUGAAGACGAUAGAGGAGACGAUGGAACAACUGAAGCUUGAGAAUGGCGUUCUGAAGACGACUGUCCAAACUUUGGAGGAUAAAGUUGAAUCGCUGCAGAAUGAAAAAGAAGCCAGGAAGGUCGCCUUUUCAGCAUCGCUUUUAGCUUCUGGAGUGGGACAUGAAGGACCCCAUGUUUCUGUGCUCUCUCCGUUAAUCUACAAAAAAGUCUUCAUUAACAUUGGAAAUGGCUAUGACUCAGAUACGGGGAUUUUCACAGCACCAGUGAAAGGAGUUUACUAUUUCCGAUUCUACGCUCACUGUCACGCCGACAUCAGAAUGGCUGUCAGUCUGUAUAAAAACGGAAACGUUCAGUGCUCUGUGUUUUCCUGGAAACCCGUCACUAACGGCAACGCCAGCAACGGGAUCGUUUUAAAUCUAGAAAAAGGAGAUCAGAUCUACACGAGGCUUUGGGAUGAUAGCUGGGUUUAUGAUGAUCCAGCAGGCUACACCAGUUUCGGAGGAUUUUUACUUUUCCCCCUGUGAAAUGGCGUCAUAAAUUGAUUUGAUUUUUAAUAUUUGUCUGGUAAACUGUGAUUGCAGUAAAUGGCACUAUAAAAUGAAUGCAGGAAAUCGAACCUGAGGUUAAAUUUAGCUAAUUUUUUCCUACUUAUUGCAGCUUUCAUCUCUGCUGUAUAAUAGUCCAAUGUAUGGACUAUUAUAUACCUUAUAUUUGCUUCUGCUUGGCACUGUGUAAAUUUUGCAGCUCUACACACUUUCUGGUCCAGGCUUAAAAGUGGACAAAAGUAUGUAUGAAAGCUAAGUAUGAAAAAAAUUGAAAGACAUUUGGCUAAAAAGUGCUAAUAUCCCCAAUGUAUGGAGACUUUUGGGACACCCUGUAUAAAACAAACUGUAGUCAUGUAAAGUGGCAGUACACGGGGCUUUGUGUACACGAGUAUACGGCGUUCAAAGAACAUGUCUAUAUUCUGUAGAUCUCCUACAGUCGAUCUACAGAAUGUAAACAUGCUCUUUGAACGCCGGAUACUCGCUGUGUCAGCACCUGGAUACCUUCUUGCUCAUAUUUGCAUACAUGUCAAAUCACAUGGUGAUCACAUGACACUAUAAAAUUUCAAUUUAUAAUAUUUUAAUUUAUAAAAUUUUAAUAAAAGUUUCUAUUGAA